GCACCAGAUCAGCCAUGCAUAUAAAUAAAACAGAGCACCUGAAAUUUGAAAGGCUCCGUUUUUUUUUUUCCAAUUCCUGAGCUGCUUCUAGCUUCCAUGGCCAAGCCAGUUUCAAUUGAGGUUUGGAACCCCUGUGGGAAAUACAGAGUUGUCAGCACAAAACCGAUGCCGGGAACCCGCUGGAUCGAUCUAUUAGUCCAACAAGAUUGUAGAGUUGAAAUAUGUACCCAGAAGAAAACAAUCUUGUCUGUUGAAGAUAUCAUUGCUCUUAUUGGUGAUAAGUGUGAUGGAGUGAUUGGACAGUUGACAGAAGAUUGGGGGGAGACGCUGUUUUCGGCUUUGAGCAGGGCUGGAGGCAGGGCUUUUAGCAACAUGGCUGUUGGAUACAACAAUGUUGAUGUGAAUGCUGCUAAUAAGUACGGUGUUGCUGUUGGGAACACUCCAGGAGUACUUACAGAGACUACAGCAGAGCUAGCAGCCUCACUUUCUAUGGCAGCUGCUCGAAGAAUAGUUGAAGCAGAUGAGUUCAUGAGGGCAGGCUUAUACGAUGGAUGGCUUCCUCAUCUGUUUGUGGGGAAUUUGCUCAGAGGACAGACUGUUGGUGUGAUUGGAGCAGGUCGUAUUGGAUCUGCGUAUGCUAGAAUGAUGGUAGAAGGGUUCAAAAUGAACCUGAUUUACUAUGAUCUGUACCAAGCCACACGCCUGGAGAAGUUUGUUACAGCUUAUGGUCAGUUCCUGAAAGCCAGUGGUGAACAACCAGUGACCUGGAAAAGAGCUGCAAGUAUGGAUGAGGUGCUCCGAGAGGCUGAUCUUAUUAGUCUCCAUCCAGUAUUGGAUAAGACCACUUAUCAUCUAGUCAACAAGGAAAGGCUCUCAAUGAUGAAGAAGGAAGCGAUCCUUAUAAACUGCAGCAGAGGGCCUGUGAUUGAUGAAGUAGCUUUGGUGGCACAUCUGAAAGAGAACCCCAUGUUUCGAGUUGGACUUGAUGUCUUUGAGGAUGAACCUUACAUGAAACCUGGUCUUGCUGAAAUGAAGAACGCGAUCGUGGUACCUCACAUUGCUUCUGCUUCCAAGUGGACUCGCGAAGGAAUGGCUACAUUGGCUGCUCUGAAUGUCCUGGGAAAGAUCAAAGGAUACCCAAUUUGGCAUGAUCCAAAUAAGGUUGAACCAUUCCUCAACGAGAACUCCCUGCCCCCAGCUGCAUCUCCAAGUAUAGUCAAUGCAAAAGCCUUAGGUAGCAUUCAUCCUCUGAAACCAGUAAACUAUGUUGGUGUUCUGGUCAAUGUCUCAACUGCAAAUUUUCGGGUUCCUUGCAGGUUUGCCUGUUUCAAAGCUAUGAGCAGGAGGGGUUGAACACAAAUGGCCUAGUUGCUGCAAAGAGAGUGUUUUGGAGGAGUGGUGAUAAUAGGCUAUUUGCUCCAUCUUGUUCACACUGGCUUUUCAUCUAAUGUAAGCAUAAUUAUAUAUAGGUUUAUCAGUUGAAUUGGGAACUCAAUCCUCUUGGUUUCUUUGGUAAUGAGACUCAAAGUUGUUGAUGAA